AUGUCGCAGACGAAUGUCUGGAUCAUGGCUGAGACUUUAGAAGACGCCGGUGCGCCCGACGGUGCCUUGGUGGGAGAAGACGUCGAACUGAUUUCGCGGAGCGCCAAUCCUUCUACCAUCGUUUCUACGAUUCUUGAUUGUUUGCAAGAUCUUACGAAUAUGAGUGAUCGAGCGUCAAGCAGUGGCUCUUCGAGCAAGCGGCCAAGGGGGAGGCGAGCAGCACCCAAAGUUCCCUGUGACGAGUGCAUUGUUCGUGCCAGCGAGAAGAAGGACGGUUCAUCCGGCGGCAUCGAGCUCUGCGAGAAGUGCAUAUCCUCCCUGAAACGACCACGGCGGAAGCAGCAGGAACAGGCAAAUGUGCGGAAGGUCCGCCGUCAAAGCAAUGCUAUAAUAGACACAGCGCUAGGCGUCCGAACCGACCCCAUCGACAUGCCAUGGAGUGACGAUAGGCAUGAGCAGCACGCACUGCAGUUCUUCGUCCAACAUUCGGCGCCUCAGCUCGCUGGCUACUUCGAUUCGCCGUUCUGGCAACGCAUGGUUCUCCAAGCCGGCCGCCACGAACCUGCUGUUCGUCAUGCGAUCGCGGCAAUUGGGGCGCUCCACGAGAAGCUGUUGACAGGCUCAAUCAACCCUCAGCAGACUUCAGAUCGACAUGCCAUCUCAGCACUAGAAUACUGCAACAAGUCGAUCAAGCUCCUCGUUAAUCCAGACCGAGGGUCGAAGCCCAAUCUGCGCCUUCUCUUGACAUCGGCCGUUUUGUUCUGCUGCUUCGAGGCACUGCAGGGCCACUGCGAGCAGGCCAUCAUACACGCGACGCAAGGAUACAGCCUAUUGCAACAGUACGCCAUGGAUCCUGAGAAUAACAGAUGGGACAUUGGUUCGUUUGCCGUUGAACUCGAUCAAUUGACAGUGCUCAUGCGCAAUCUGCAGAGAAUGAGCAAAGGUCUCAUGGGGAAGGACUACAAUAUGAUUCCGGACCCGGAAGCUAUCAAUGCGAAACGGCCAACAUCGUUCAACAGCAUGCAGGAGGCCCGUUCUGGCCUGGAGUUGGUCUUGAACCAGCUUACGGCGUUCUUCCUCGACAUGGAACUUGACGAUAACUUCUAUGAUCUGGCCGUUGCGAAUGCGGAGAAGCAUCUACUGUUCGGUCCAUGGCUGGCAGCUUGGGAGAAGGCAUUUUCGGAAUAUCUAGCGAGGGAGCACGACAAGCUGAGCCCGGCUGAUCGCAAAGCGGCUAUGAUACUCAAAGCUCAUGAAACCGUGGCCGAGAUUCUGUCUGAUGUUGAUCUAUCUCUUGGAGAGCUAGGUUGGGAUGCUUUCACCAACAAGUUUGCAGCAAUUGUAAACCUAGCAGAGGCAGUGCUCGAGGACAGCAAGCAAGCUGAUAAAUCAGUGAUAGAAGCUAGAUGGAAGACAAAUGGCGCACUGCGGGUUCUUCGAGUCCUUUCGAAUGGCAUCGAGUAUUCGAAACAGCUGCUGACCCGGCUUCUCUUGACGAUAGGUGUAUUCAUUUCCGCACCCUCAGCCACCCUUUCUUUUUCUCUCGGCAUAGUCGAUCCUUUGUACGAAGUCUGCGCCAGGUGCCGCGACCCCUCCCUUCGACGACGAGCCCUCGAACUACUGGCAAGACAUCCAAGGCAAGAGUGUGUAUGGAGUUCAUGGUCGGCCUGGAAGGUGGGCAAGUUCCUGAUGCGUAUGGAAGAAGAAGGGCUUGAGGCUCAACCAAAAACGUCUGCCGAUAUUCCAAGUGAAAGCCGGAUCUCAGAAGCAUGGAUCGACUUCUCGGACAAGUCGACGGAGGAUUCUGGCAAGGGCAGAGUCGCUUACAAAAAGGCAAUACCACGAGCGAGCGCCCGGUACGCACUCAAUCCCGGAUUGUUCGAAGACUGGCAGACGCAUGAUCCAGGCUUCAGUGGACCUUCUGGGCAGAGGUCAACACGGUCCAGCAGCAGCACUUCUGGUAUAGAUCCGUCAAUGUCUCCUGGUAACAUGGUUACUGCUGCUGGAGCCGGACCUUCUAGGAUGUCAUAUCAAGCUCCAUCGGAUGUCGUUCGAAGGGACUCGGAUGACCCUCUCAUACGAGAAACACCACCUCAAGACUAG